AAAACCUUUCGCAUACAUCUGAAAAAACUAGUCUCGAAAGAAAGUUUGAAAUUUUGAAUAUUAAAAAUGCACAUAAAGAGCCUGUUAAUAAACAAUAUCCUGAGAAUAUAUCCAAAAGUCCAGAUCUCAAAGGCGUUAUUAAAAAACUAGGUCUUGACGAUGAAUAUUUUUUAAAGGAUAAAGAUAAGUUAAAGAAAUUCUAUAACUUCGUUGACCCUAACUUUGUUUGGCAAUCCACAAUGAAUAUCUACAAUCAUUGUGAGGUCUUUAGUUAUGUUGUUAAUCCUGACUGGGAAGUUGGUGAAGAGAUUGCAACAAAUGCUAUUGCAUAUCAUCAUCUACUUGAAUCUAAAAAUCUUGAUGCAUCAAAAAGAACAUAUAUAUUAUUUGUUUAUGAUGAGAUAUUAUGUUAUAGAGAAGAAAUAAGUUCUAAUGAAUACGAAAAACUUGCUAAAGAAUAUCAAGGAAUGUUUUAUGUUCCUAUUGUUAGGAGAGAACCCAUUGUAAUAUGCAGAUUUUCUGCAAUCAAUGAUACUACAAGAAAGGAAUAG